AUGGAGUUUAACAUAUCAGACAUCCAUUCCUCGGACAGGAGCCACGCAUUCGAGGUUCUCGCCCAGAUUGCACGCGUCGAGAAGAAGGCGUUCCCCACCAAUGAGGCUUUUGGAUUUAGUGAGAAUUUCUGGAGAAAGAAGCCGAAGACGAAAGUUUUGUAUUAUGUUCGACAGAAAGGAAGAGCACUGUUACACAAACUCUUUGUCGCAGAAAGUCAUCGUCGACAAGGCGUCAGGAUGAAAUUAAUGUUAUGGGUGAACAAGGCCAGAACCCCAGCUCGAUGCCUGUAUCUCCAACUUGGGCUCGGGGAACGUGAGGAAAUCACCGAUUAUUACGCGCCAGAGCACAUGGGGAUCAGAAUGAUACUAAACCACAGUUGUUGCCCUUGA